AGUUGGGGGCGGGGGAAGGGGAAUCCAAUCCCAUCCAUCCAUCCAUCCAUAACCUCUCCUUGCUCCCACGGACGGACGGAAGGAUCGAUCACCAACUCCAACUCCAACUCCAACUCCUCCUCCUCCUCCUCCUUCCGCCGCCGCCGCCGCCAGAGCAUGGAACCCUCCGCCUCCGCGUCGGCUGAUCCGCCCAGGAGGUCUCCAUGGAGGCACCCCUCCAACGGGGGCAACCCCAACCCCAACGGAGACGCCGUCAUCGACACAACUAGCUGGCCCGCGCUCUCCGAGGCCGCCAGGAACCCCCCCAAGCCUCCUCCUUGCAUCGACUCUCCAUCCGAGGGGCAGGGCAAGCAGUCGUCUCGCCACAAGCCGGCCAGGCGCGGGGGUGCCGGUGCCGACCACUCCCCCUCCCCACGGGAUGACCGCGCCACCAGCUGGGACCAUGGCCGCCACCACCACCACCACAACAGUGGUGGUAGGAGGGGCUCUUUUGGCGGCCGCAGGAGAGGAGGAGGAGGCGGGGGUUUCGACGCCUUGUACCGUGCCCCUAUUGGCCCCUAUGUGCGUGGUGCCACUGCGCCCCCGCCCCCGCCCCCGCCUCCCAUGGCCGUUGCUCCUCCCCCCUUCCUUCCUCCGCCCUUACGACCUUUCGCGGCACCUCUCCUCUUUCAUCACGAUAUGGCAUCGCCCGUCUCUCCUGUUUCCCCAAUCUACUAUGUUGGCCCUCCCCCUCCUCCAGAAGCUCUUAGGCCUUUGCCUCCUUUCCCCCCUACCAUGCUUGCUCCACCUGCUUACCCUUACUACCACCCUCAACCUCAACCCGACCCCGAGCCCGAGCCUGAUGCUGAUCCUCAACAACAUCGUGCCAACCUGCUCAAACAGAUUGAGUUCUACUUCAGCAAGGAUAACUUAUGCACAGAUGUUUUCUUGAGGAGAAAUAUGGAUGACCAGGGCUGGGUUAACAUUGCUCUUAUAGCUGGCUUCAACAAGGUCCAGGAAUCCACUGAUGACCUGCAAUACAUAAAAGACACAAUCCAGUCCUCAUCUAUACUGGAAAUGCAGGAUGACAAAAUUAGGAGGCAGAAUGAUUGGAACAAGUGGGUGAUUCCUCGAGAGAGCAACACUGACGUGCUGCCAAGCCCUAACAUCAACAAUCUGACAGCACAUCUUGGAAGCGUGGGUCUGCAGGAAUCAGCAGCUAGCUCAAGUAGCAUGGUGGAUGAAAACCAUCAUGAGAUUCUUACCAAUGGACCAACUUCCGGUAACAACCAAGCACCAGUAGUUGAAGACGGUGCUGGUAAGCUCUAGCUAUGAUGGUACACAUUGGCUCCAAUCUGGCCCAUGCUAUGACUACAAGGGUUUUGUCCGAGCGCGAGUGACAAAUGUUUUGCAAUUUUUUGAUGGCGGUAUGCUUGCGGGGCGCACUGACUAGUGAGUUCGUUUCUGGGGGGGUUUCAGGUAAGGUUCUUUUUGUCUACCCUGUUAUUGAGGUACCGUGAAGGUUUCAGCCUUUCAGGUGGUUGGUAAAAAAAAAAAGAAGUGCUGUAGCUGAAACAAAAGACAGCAAACAGAAGGCAUAUGUAGAGGCAUCAAAGAAGAUGAGGGGGGUGGGGGGAGCCAUUGGACAUAAUGAAUGAAAGACGAUGGUGCGCUAAGUUAAAAGGCACUCGAGUGCUUAAUAUUGCAACUGCUGAAUGGCCUUUGGGCUUGCGUGACUAUGGGCCUGAAGUGUGCUGUGAACCAUGUCGGUUUUCUCCCCCUGUUUGGAUGUAACCCUCCAAUUUUUAAAGGAGGAUCUGAACUUUCUCGCUCAGAGAGUCAGGAAGUUGACAAUUCGACAAGGAUCUUUUGCAACUCAACUCGUUGAAGUAGCGUUUGAAUGUUACAAGUUUUGCUAGAACUAUGCAUGAUGUUUCCUUGGGUGAUUGUGAAAGCCAAGCCUAUUGGGAAUUUGUGAUAAGAUGGCGAUCCCCCAUAUUGAAACGAUUUUCUGUAGCUCAAAUAAUUUAUUGCCUUUUGAUGAGCUCUCUGCUUUGUACCGUCUGA